CGUGUCAUGGGGACAGCUGAGGACCUCACAGAGGAGCCUGAGUGCCUCAUUUCUGAAGUGAGACUAGGAAGAGAAGAUGAACAAUUCCCUGGAUUAUCUAGCCUACCCCGUAAUCGUCUCUAAUCACAGGCAGAGCACAACCUUCAGGAAGAAACUGGACUUUGGCCACUACAUAUGUCACAAGAAUAGAAUACAAAUAGUGAAGCCUGCUGUUGAUACCAAACCCCCCGUGGCGCACACACAUCACAUUUUAAAACUGAGCAAACUCCAGGGCGAACAAAACCGAAUCGACAAAAUCGAAUACGAAAACAAGCAACUGUGUCAGAAAAUCGCAAACGCCCAUCGUGGCCCUGCCAAGGUGGAUUGCUGGAACGAAUAUUUUUCCAAGAGCUUAAACAGAGAAACAAGAAACCGGGAGCUAGUGAGAAUCACCAUGGAAAACCAGGGCAUUCUGAAGAGGCUUGGUGAUCGAAAACCACAUUACGACCACAGGUCAUCGGAGAUAGACUGGCAGAAUUCAAGGCGCUAUAUCAGAAAUACAACAAAAUAUCUUCUCUCCCGAGAUGAAUAGGUCACUCACCAUGGGAAAGAUACAAGAGAAAGCCCUAGGAUUUCUUAGCUGCUUAGAAUCUCA